CCCCUCUCCCCCCCCCCCUCUCCUAAAUUACUUUCACUUCCCUCGAUUCGCCUUACCUCGCUCACUCCUCCCUUCAUUUCCUUCUUUAUUCUCGACCAGACUUUCUUUCUCCUUCGCCGACCGUAUUAACCCCUCCUCGUUAACGUCCUGUCGCCUCGCUCUUCUCACUUCGUACACCUGUCACCACUACCUCGCCUUCGUACCGUCCUGUUCUCUCUUAUCGAUCUUCUCAAUCCACCUCGCCGUUCGCCUACGCUCUUGCUUCGUUCACGGCCAUUUCUGAUUCUCCAGAGAGCUUCAAAACCUACCGAGUCUCCAUCAAGCGUGGUCGAGCACCAGCUUUCGCGCGCAACUGCUGGUGUAAUUGACCACGGGUCCACCUGUCCGCCACGGCCCCCGAAGAUGACGAGCAGAACCCCCAGAAAUCGAGUGCUACCGCUAUGAGUGAUGUCGAGGCUGUCUCUUCCCUGCCAGCUUCCCUGGAUGCCGGACAAAACGGCCUCGCUGCCAAGGUGAACCACCAGUCUACCUCGGGUCCUUUAUCUUCCAAGAGACCACUCUCACCAGUGCCUCAAAGGGAAUAUCGUCCGAUCAAAGAGGUAGACCUUGCUGUCGGGGACAGCGAUGGGCCCGCUAGCCCCAAGGCUGACUCGGAGGCAGAAACCAUAAUUCAGUCGGGCCGUGAAUCUUUAUCGCCUGAGAAAAGACGGAAGUACAUAAAACAUGAACCGAAACGACGUGAUGAUGGAAACGACCAUGUUGAUGCUGCAGAAAGCGACCUCCCUCCCAACGAUCUGCAGGUCAGAAAAAGGAAGCUAGCGGAUGGUGACACUGUCGGUGAACGCGACCAUCAUGUGCGCCCAUUGAGUCCCCUUCGUCGGAACGGGUCCCCACCCCGUGUGAAGGUCGAAAAAACUGACGAGGGUCAAUGUGUCCCAAUUCGACUUGAGUCAUCACACCCUGCAUCUUCCGUUCCUAGGGUGUCCAGAAAACGCAGCUUUAGUGAGAGUGUCGAUGGAGAAGGCAAUGUCCGUCGGACUGCCCGCCCAGUCAAUCCAAAUUCUCGCCGCGACCGGGACCGACGAGAAAUUAUUGACACCUUCACUGAGGUCGAUGGAGAGGGGAUUGUUCGUCGGAUUGUCCGCCCGCAUGUCCCGGCUCCUCGCCGGGACCAAGAACGACAGGAAUUGAAUGGCGUGUUGUUGCCUCGACCUGCAUCGAUUGACCGCUCUGUAUCGCCUGUUCGCUCGCACAAGAGAACGGCUUCUGGUCACCAGCUGGGUAGUGAGCUGCAGCGCAAACGGAAAGCUCCUACCCCACUUCUCCCCGGCGUACAGAGGCAGAGUUCUGAAGACCGGCAGUCGGUGUCUUCGUCUACUAGCGGAUCUCCUAUGCCCAGUGCUCACAUCCGGAAGGUGGCUUCGGUCGACGGGGCGUCCGCCUCUCCUGCCAGACCAUCUGGCCACAAGAAGCAACGAGAUCAGAAUGGGCGCACGCGUCUUGCUCGCGCAUGUGCUGCACAGGAGCUUGAAGCGGCAAUCGCUCGGCAUGCAGAACGGCCAGAGGAUCUCAAUGUGGCGGACAAUGCCGGCAACACGCCGCUCCAGAUCGCCGCAUUGGAAGGGUGUGCAUCUAUUGUGAAAUUUCUUCUCGAAGCUGGCUGCGAGGUCGAGACUAGAAAUAUCGAUCGAGAUACCCCGUUGAUCGAUGCCGUUGAAAACGGCCAUCUCGACGUCGUCAAGUUGCUACUCGAGGCUGGUGCAAAUCCGCGCUCUGUCAAUGCCGAAGGCGAUGAGCCGAGCGAUCUCAUUCCGUCGGACUCAGAAGAUUCCGAUGAAAUUCGCCGUGUAUUGGAGGAAGCCAAAGCGCAUCCGCGCCCCAGCCGUCGCUCCGAAGAACAGACUGGAUCUGGCACCAGGGAGACGUCUUCGCGGAGAGUCACCGUGGCCAGCCCGCGAGACUCACCACCUGUCAACGGACAACGCAGCCCACCUUACUUCGCUAGCACCAACAAACGCAAGAGUGUUAGAAGCGAGGCCACUCGGAAUGAUUUACUGUGGACAAAAGCUACACCAGAGAACCUACAAGCCUUUGCUGCCAAGGGUGAUAUCGCGGGAGUCGCUAACAUCCUGAAUGUCGGUCAACGAGCAGAUGCGGAGUCAAUGAUCGCAGCAGCCAAGGGCGGCCACGACGAAGUUUUGUCUCUGCUAUUGGGCAUGGGGGACGCAGAUCCAGACCCAGAUCCAGUCCAGGGUGGCUCUCACAAGCCUGGAUACAACACGCCUAUGCUGGCCGCCAUCGGACGAGGAAAUUUGCCUGUGAUUAAGCUUCUUCUGGACCAACCUAGCUUCAAUCCCACGAGACGACUAUAUAAGGAUCGGACUUAUUUUGAGCUUUGUCGAGAACGCAGAGCGGACAACUGGGAGGAAGAAUAUGAUCUUCUUCGCGAUGCAUACGACAAUUAUGUCCGGAACAGGAAACAGCGGAAGUCCGACAUCUCCUCUCCAAGAAGGGCACGUGAUAAAGACCGAGAAGUGAAGCGUUCGGGACGGAAAGAGUCGCCCUCUCCAGUGGGCAGGCCUCGGAAGCAGGUUCAGAGCCCAGGUCGUCGGGACUCUUCGAAGGAUGCGCCGCCUAAAGAACGCAAGAGAGAAGGGAUGGUGCAUGCAAAAGAGAAACCGGGUAUUCAUCGUCCCAAAGUCGGACAUGUUACCACGUCUGAUCACGACGGUCCUCGUUCUGACAUAUCUAGGCCCAAGGGGCCGCCGACGAGGGACGGAGAAUUUAGCCGAGGGGAGGAGCCUCCCAAGAGGAGGCGGUUGAUCGCAGGGCGUCCGCCCGAUCGCGAUCGUAGGAGGCCUAGCAUUCCCUCCUCAGAUUCUAUGUCUGGCCAGGAAGAAGCUCCCAAAGCACGCCCUGAUCAUCCUGAAUCCACCACAAAUAAGUCUGGACCACCGCCCUUGAAGCGUGGGCGUAGCAGCGUCAGCCCCGAUCGUCCUAGGUCUCGCGAUUCUGAGGCUGAUCGGAACCCCCGUGAAGUUCUGAAGAAGAAGCGACGAGUCCUAUCGGAAGACGGAACGCCCAACAUCACCAACGGGAAUCCCAAGAGAAGUCACCCAGCUGCGGAGGAUCUGAAGGUCCCUCGUCGCAAAGACGAUAGCCAUUUGGCACCACAAGCUCGGCGAGAUCAAUCGCGGGAACGAGAUCUCUCUGCCAAACCUGGCGAACGCAAAAAUUUCAAGGUGGAGCAGGAGAAACUUGAAGCUCAUGAACUGGUAGAUAUUCCCAUGGAUGAUUCGUCUAGUCUCACACAAGCUGAGGCGGAGGCGACAGCCCUUCGAGAGAAGCAAGCGCAGCAAGAAAAGCAAGCGCAGCAAGAGAAGCAAGCUCGCGAAGAGGAAGAAGCACGUCUAGCCGCGGAAGCUGAAAGAGCCCGCCUGGAGAAAGAGGAGCAGGAACGUGCAGCGCGGGAGGCCCGCCUUGCCGAGGAGAAAGCCGCCGCAGAAAAGGCCGCAGAGGAGGAGCGGAAGCGGCAUGAGGCAGAGGAGAGGCGGUUAAAGCAAGCCGAAGAAGAACGGCUGAAGCGACUUGAACAGGAACGUCAACGGCUGGCCAAACUACGCAAGGAGCAGGAAGAGCAAGAACAGCGUCGACGAGAAGCUUUGCCAAGUCGAUUACGAGUCGCAGCCAAUUUGGUUGGGUCUAAUGACCCGCAAGCGAAAAGCCAUGCAUGGCUGCGGAAGUUCAUGCCCGUUGUGACCGCCGAGACAAGACAGCUGGACCCAUCUUGCGCAUCGGAUGUGGCCGAGGAUCGAUGGAUCCCGAACUAUCUGGUUGCACCCUUGCUGGCGACGAACGAUCUUCAAUUAUCACAGUAUGCCAGCUGGGAGAAGCGCAUUGCAACUCCUACCCAGCGGACGAAUCUCUGGCGGGUCACGCGAAGGAUGCUUGUCCAAGCAGAUGAGACGGAGUUCCUCAGCUCGUCGUUCGGACAGAUCAUGCAACGAGAUAGUGAAGCACGGCCCAAGUACUUCGACAUGGAACAUGUAUUUUGGCUUAAGCUUUCCGAUUUCAUGGAUCUCGUCCCUCAUAUUCCGCACCUUCACGGACUGGACAUCCAGUUACUCAAGAUGCAUAUCGACCAGGAGCCUAAGACACAACCAGCGUUUGAACUGCCGCAGGCCAAUGGACAUAUUUCGGGGCCGCAUAUUGAGGAAGGUUCGGGCUUAUUGGGAGGUAAUGGGUUGACUAAUGGCUUUGGGCACAGUCGGCCUAGUACAUAUGUCUAAUUGUUCUUCUCAGCUUGAGCGGUCAUUUAGCUUGGCGCUAGCUUGUACAGGUGGAAACUUUGAUGUACGACUAUGAUACCUGAUGUGUGAUGCUUGGAAAGCGUAAUACCAUGAUAUCCCGAG